AUGCCGAAACCGCAGAACCCAUGCUAUGCAAAGGCUGUUCCAGAAACUUGGCAGGCAGUGCUGCACACAGAUCCCCGGCAGUUGCUGGAGACUUUGGAAGCACGAGGGGGCCACGAUGAAGUUUCAGCUCGAGCAUUGGAGGUAAGUCGCAAGUUGUUCGACUUUGCGGGCAUGGCAGAUUCGAUUGGGAAUGCUGCGAAAUGGUGCCAGGACACGGUGAACCAGGUGCAGAGCAAGGUUGUGGGAGUGCAGGAAGCGGCAACCCUGAUCCAGGGUGCGAAUGGGUAUGUGCAAGAAAGCACGCAGCUUACUGGACAAGCCUGGGACAGCAUGAAAGGACUGAGUGGCAAGAUGGGCACGAUCUACAAAGGCGCGUCGUUUCGGAUUUCGAGUGUACGUACCACGUGCAUCGAGAAUGAUUCGAAAUCGUUCGAGUAA